UCUCCGUGCGGUAAAAAAGUUAGUAUUAGAGCACAAGGUGACGGUGCUCCUGGAGCACCGAGUAAUCACUCUCACGGACGGUGUAGAUAGAAUUAAGUGCGAUUCCAUCUCCGCUUUACACUCUUCUUCGUCUUUCCUCUGCCUCACCCUGCACCAGUCCUUUCAACUCAUGUCAACCAAUCUCACUCAAUCCACGACGGCGCCGGCGCCGGCGCCGGCGGAGGAGCCCUCGCCGGCGAAAGAUCUCCCCAAGGACAUCAUCAUCGACAUCCUCUCGCGCCUCCCCGUCCGAUCCCUCGUCCAAUUCUACUGCGUCUGCAAAUCAUGGUACGCCCUUCGCCUAAACCCUAAUUUCAUCUCCAAGCACUUCCGCCACUCCACGCUCAGCACCGCCAACCACGGUGACCGUAGCUUUUUCCUGCUGACACGUCACCAAUCCAAGGCCAUCACUUUACUCUCCGGUACCAAAUCCGUAGACAUCCCAAUCAACAUGGACAUACCUUUCUUAAACAUAUCGAAACCCUUACGGAUCUCCGGUAGCUGUCACGGUUUGGUCUGUCUCAGUGUCAUGCCCAUCGCUUCUAUACUGAUUAUCUGGAAUCCGGCCACUAGGGUUUUCAAGGACCUGCCGGUCUCGAACGUACAGAGGCCGAACGCGGGGCCCAUUAAGGUUGUCUUGGGGUUCGGGUUCGAUUCGGGUAGUAAAGAUUACAAGGUGUUGAGGAUUGUGAACUAUUGUUACCCUCUGAACCAGGUUGAGAUCUACUCCUUGGGGACGGAUACUUGGAGGGAGAUAGAGGCUAAUGUGAGGUUUAUAAUUUUUGAGGCGUCGAGUAGGGUUUUCGUGAGGGGGAGGUUCCAUUGGACGGCCCUUGGGUUUAGGGAGUUGAAUGGACGGGAGCUGAUCGUUACGUUCGACUUGGGGGAGGAGGUGUUUAGUCAGUUCAUGUUGCCGAAUUUUUCCCGCGAAAAUGACGAUAAUGAUGGUGAUGAUGAUGAUGAUGACGACGAGGAGGAUGAGGGGAGAUUAGGGUGGCAUUUGGUGGCGUGGAAGGAUUCUAUUGGUUUGAUAGUUUAUCCUAACCAUUCCAAGGACAAGAAAUUCGAUAUGUGGGUUAUGAAUGAGUAUGGGGUUGCGGGGUCGUGGACUAAGUACAUGUCAUUUGGACCUUAUCCGAGAGUUAAUAAGCCAUUGGGAUGCCGAAUGAAUGGUGAGGUUUUAUUGCAUAAGGAAAAUGGGGAAUUGGUCUUGUAUGACCCUGCCACCCAGGAAUUUAAGAAUGUUCCAGUUAAUGAUGUUCCUUAUUGUUCAGAAGUUUUCAAUCAUGUGGAGAGUCUGGUUCCAAUUAAGGGAGGAAAAGAUCUGGAAGAGGCAAAUAUGUAUACUGUGGUUCCAGACCUUUUCUUUGUUCGGAAAAUCGAUUUGCUGUUGGAAUGAUAGUUUCCUGGAUUGAGAUUUAGCCUACUGCUGGGAUCCUGUGAGCAAUCUGCUUUACUGUAGCCCUCCUCCUCAGUGAUUGGCUUUUGUUGUGUUUGUUGUUGUUUCUUUCAGUGGUGUUCAAAUGCUAAGUUGGAUUGAAGAUGUGCUAAUGGAGUGAUUCUCUGUGUGACUGGUCGACACCUGGGUGAGGACCAUUUCCCAUUGGUCUGAUUUGGCUCUUGUAGCAAGAAGUAAGAAAGAAAACGAAAAAACGAGGUCUGAAGAAAAUGAGGAAGAAAGAGAAGAGGUAUGGUGGCUCGUCUCAUCAGAAUCUCCUCUAAAUUGUGAUGCUCGUUGCAGAAUUGCCGGAAUUGUAUGUCUGUUGUAAGGACAAUUUAUACAUGCGUAUGUUCCAGACUUUGGAGUGCACCUGUUAUGUACUUAAUCCUUUUACCUUAACAACUAAUGCUUCUCCUGUUGUAUCCUGUAGCUCAUCGUUUGUGUUUUUAGUUCUCUCUCUUUCUCUUAAGUAUUGCAACUUUAGUAUUGAUUUUCA